GUCACUUCCGGCGGCGGCGCGGGCGGAAGCGGCGGCGGCCCGAGGAUGUUUUACCACAUCUCCCUGGAGCACGAGAUCCUCCUCCACCCGCGGUACUUCGGGCCCAACCUGCUCAACACCGUCAAACAGAAGCUCUUCACCGAGGUGGAGGGGACCUGCACCGGGAAGUACGGGUUUGUGAUCGCUGUCACCACCAUCGAUAACAUCGGCGCCGGGGUGAUCCAGCCGGGCCGGGGGUUCGUGCUGUACCCCGUGCGCUACAAAGCCAUCGUGUUCCGACCCUUCAAGGGAGAGGUGGUGGAUGCUGUGGUCACCCAGGUCAACAAGGUCGGGCUGUUCACGGAGAUCGGGCCCAUGUCCUGCUUCAUCUCGCGCCACGUGAGGGGGGGACACCCCAAAAAUGGAAAAUCCUAA